AAACGGGCCGGAGUCAACAGUACGUGAGUCAAGAGGGCCGGAGUCAACUGUACGUGAGUCAAGAGGGCCGGAGUCAACCGUACGUGAGUCAAACGGGUCAGAGUCAACCGUACGUGAGUCAAGCAGGCCCGAGUCAACAGUACGUGAGUCAAGAGGGCCGGAGUCAGCCGUACGUGAGCCAAGCAGGACAGAGUCAUCCGUACGUGAGUCAAACGGGUCGGAGUCAACCGUACGUGAGUCAAGAGGGCCGGAAUCAACCGUACGUGAGUCAAGCAGGACAGAGUCAACAGUAUGUGAGCCAAGCAGGACAGAGUCAGCCGUACGUGAGUCAAACGGGUCGGAGUCAACCGUACGUGAGUCAAGAGGGCCAGAGUCAACAGUACGUGAGUCAAGAGGGCCAGAGUAAACCAUACGUGAGUCAAGAGGGCCGGAGUCAGCAGUACGUGAGUCAAGAGGGCCGGAGUCAACCGUACGUGAGUCAAGAGGGCCGGAGUCAACCGUACGUGAGUCAAGAGAGCCGGAGUCAACCGUACGUGAGUCAAACGGGUCAGAGUCAACCGUACGUGAGUCAAACGGGUCAGAGUCAACCGUACGUGAGUCAAGAGGGCCGGAGUAAACCGUACGUGAGUCAAGAGGGCCGGAGUCAGCAGUACGUGAGUCAAGAGGGCCGGAGUCAACCAUACGUGAGCCAAGCAGGACAGAGUCAUCCGUACGUGAGUCAAACGGGUCGGAGUCAACCGUACGUGAGUCAAGAGGGCCGGAGUCAACCGUACGUGAGUCAAACGGGUCAGAGUCAACCGUACGUGAGCCAAGCAGGACAGAGUCAACCGUACAUGAGUCAAGCAGGACCAAGUCAACAGUACGUGAGUCAAACGGGUCAGAGUCAACCGUACAUGAGUCAAGAGGGCCUGAGUCAAUCGUACGUAAGCCAAGCAGGCCCAAGUCAACCAUACAUGAGUCAAGCAGGCCCAAGUCAACCAAACCCGUAUCAAUUACUCAGGUGCCAAACGUGCCUGAGUCGACUCUACCAAAUCAAACCAGGCAGGAGCCAAUCAAGUCCGUGCCUAUCAGGUCCAACUCUGCUAGGGCAGAACCAAUCAGAAAGGAGGCACUCAGGCUCAAGGCAAUCAACCUGGAAGUCUGUCGGCAUAAGAACUGCAGAUGCUAAAGAUUGCCCAGAGAUACUGCGCCUGAUAAAAGAAUUGGCUGCCUGUGAUAACAUGAAAGGUGCAGUGAAGUUAACAAUAACAGAUUUGCUCAGGGAUGGAUUUGGGGAAAAUCCUCUUUUCUACUGCCUGAUUGCAGAAGUACACAAUCCACGUAAACCAACAGAGAAAAUGAUCAUUGGAUUUGCCAUGUACUACUUCACGUACGAUCUCUGGAAAGGCAAGUUACUUUACCUAGAGGACUUUUAUGUCACACAAGCUUACCGAGGUCUAGGUAUUGGAGAUGAAAUACUAAAACUGUUAACUCAGAUAGCCCUCAGAACCCAGUGUAAUGGCAUGCAGUUUCUUGUCAUCAUUUGGAACCAGGCUUCGAUUGAGUACUACACUUGUCGAGGGGCUUUAGACCUUUCCUCUGAGGAGGGCUGGCAUUUGUUCAGGUUUAACCGAGAAGAACUCUUGGAAAUGGCAGAGGAAGAAUGAGAAAGGCCUUGUAAUAACCAGGCCCAAUAUGGGCUCCAACAUUUGCAUGUCAUCUUAGUCCAACAGCAGUUUGACUUUGAAUGUUGUACAAUAAAGCAAGUGAUCAUAA